AUGUUCGUGGGCCCCGAAUCUUUUGGGUUUUCGGCUCGCUGGAUCUUUCGGCCGGCCUCCCCUCUCCUCUCUUCCCUCCAUAGAUACAAGUCCAGCGUCCCUUCUGGGCCAGGGGCCAGGGCGAGGCGAGAAAGAAGGGGAUCGGCGAUUGGAUCUGUGGAUUCGUCGGCGGCGGGGUUAGGUGGAUGUGCAGAGUGGGCACCGGCGCCGGCGUUGAAGGAUUUGCUGCCGGAGCUGUCCCGCGAGGAGCAGCUACGGCUGCAGAAUCGCGGCUUCAGCGGCCGGGACCGGCGCAAGUGCAAGGGACGCAUCACGACGGAGGCCUCGCCUCCUUCCUUCUCCAUGGCGCACCGGACAGAAGAAGAGCGUGACGCCUUCCUCAUCCGGACUGUCCAGCAUGCUCUCUGCCACUACAAUGCCAGGCACCAGGGUGGCGAGUUUGAUGCUGUGAAGCCCCUGAUGGAAGCGCGUGUUGGUUUCAGGGGGCAGGUGUGGUUCCACCUCAACUUCUGGGCUCGCAGCCGCAGCACCAACAAAAUCAAGCGCUUCUUCGCUGAGGUGCACUACAAGCGAUCCUCCGAUCCCAUCAAAGGCCCAAAACUAACCCCCAUCCUCGAAAUCUGCACCAUCAUUGAAGAGCCGCUUUCCCAGUACAGGAGGACCUGUGCAUUUUGUCCUGCCAGGUGCGACACCGCAAGUUUGUUUGCGGGAACGACAAGGAUCGGAUAGGACAACGCCUUGUGCAGUGCGGGUCUAUGUGCCUUGAGUCUCCAUUCAGUUGCCCCACCCAGCGGGAAAAGGAAACGGCUUAUUGCUCCUCCGCGCUUCUGCCGUCACAAUGAACCCUCUGGGAUUGACUUGGGAGAUGCCCAUGCAGUUGCAGAGUUGCCUUUCUAGAAAGUAGGGCUUGAUGCCCGGCCCAUAGGCAAUUUUGACGAAUGUAAGAUGCUUUUUUUUAUAGUUCGCUUCACUAUGAAUAUACACUUAUUUAUUGUGUUAUAUAUGUUAAUUCGACAUCAUAUAUUACCUGAUUUGCUCGUGG